UACCUACUGAUUAUAGUUGUCAAAUGUCAAAGUUUCUGACAAGAUUGUUUAGUUGAACUUAAAGCGAAUUAAUUAUUAUUGAAUACAAAAAAUAUUAUAAUCAUCAAAAAUGGUUGAAGCACAGAAAUAUAGACUCGAACAGGAGAUGACGAAUCUUGUGAAUGAGUUAGACAGAAGUUAUUUGAGAAAAAUGCAAGGUGACAUGCACAGAUGUGCAGCCAAGUGUUGCGACGACCCACAGACGUCUUUAGAGAGAGUCCACGGAUGUAUAGAGAACUGUGCGACAUCUCUCAACAAUGCCAAUAAUUAUGUUCAGAAAGAAAUCAACCACCUACAAAACAGACUGCAGCGUUGUGUGAUGGACUGCAACGAUGCAGCUCGGGAUAGGUUGGGUCCAGACCCGAGUCAAGAAACUAUCGACAAGUGCACGAUAGACUUCGAGAAAUGUGCGGUGAAAUGUGUGGACAAGCACAUAGGUUUGAUUCCCGGUAUGAUGAAGUCAAUGAAAAAAGUUUUAGCGAGCGGCAAACCGCCGCCAGUUAGCAACGAAUGAAGUGACAUCUGAACGAAAUAACAAACUUGUAAACUAUUAAGAUAUUAUGUAACAAUAAAUAUGCUUUUACUGU